CCGCAAGAUGACCUCACUUCUCUGUGCCAAAUGAUCCCGGGCACGCUGAUGCCUAACAACUGGGUUAUCUUCUACUAUUGCGACUCCGGAUACAUUCUAAACAGCACGAAGCCUGUGUCUGUCUGCAUCAAUGGCGAUUGGACACCACCUCUGCCUUUUUGUCAAGCGAGUGAAACGGAGUGUUUCUCACACGGUGACUGCAGCACCAACAGAACCUGCAUUUUGGGCAAAUGUAUGAACUCUUGUGAGGGUUUAUGUGGCUUUAACACAGAAUGUGACGUCAUCGAACACCGACCCCUGUGUAUCUGCAAGAAAGGAUAUCUGGGCAACCCCUUCAGAGGAUGCAUUCUGGGAGAUCCAAUUUCCACGAAGCUUCUCUUGGCACAAUCUACACAAGUCUCAGUGUUGGAUUUGACGAAUUCGAAAAUAAUCUCAACCCUGCGCUAUGACUAUCAGAAUCCAAAGGAAAACUCCCCUAGUGUCGCUUACCACUUUGAGAAAAAAUAUAUUUUCUACGCUGGAUCAAGCCAGAUAUUCAGGGACGAGAUCAAGACAGACAGUCUGGCUAGGGUGGGAGAGCCUAAGGCUGUAGUGGACGGUGUAGGGGUGGACUCUAGUGCCAAGUUAGCAGUGGACUGGGUACACGACAAGCUCUACUGGAUGUCUCAUACCUCCAAGACUGUGGAGAUGAGUGACCUAGAUGGCAAUAACAAGACAGUGCUGACUAAAGGACUGACGUUCUGGUGGAAUCUUAACAACUUGGUUGUCGAACCAUAUGCUGGAUACCUCUUUCUAGUCAGCCAAGACUCUCUACUUCGAAUGAACUUAGACGGAAGCAACCUGACUGCUUUGCACUUGAAGGGCUACAACAACCGAGGUGUCUAUGUUCUGACUGUAGACACCCACAAGAAGAGGGUCUACUACAGCAGUUGGGACUUGAGAAACGCAGUUCCGUUUAUAGAUUCUUGUGACUACGAAGGGAAAAAUGAGAAAAACAUUCCGAUCGGAGACAGAUGGGGAGAAAUACAUGCCGUGGACGUGUUUCGGGACAUCCUGUACUUUGGUCACUUUAAGCGUGGUCAGUCUGACGAGGUGUGGAGUGUGGACUUGACCAACCCGACACCGACUCCUAUCCUGAUCAAAACUGUGGAGAAGGUAAGAGCUUGA